AUGACUGAAUUAGAAAGACGAAGACCUUUCACUGAUUUACAAAUUAAGAAUCGUUUAUCAAAACUGCCAGUUUUUGAACAGUUUGAUUUCCUUCGUGGAUCUGAUAUUCUACUUGAACGAGAGUCUGAAAUCACACUUUAUUUAUAUCGUAAGCUAAGAGGGGAUUUGGAUAACCUUCUAGCAACUAUUAAAAAUGAAUUAUUAGCUACUGAUGGGGAAACUGAAAUUGUUGAGGAAAAAUCAUUACCAUUUGACACCACAACAAAAAUUGGGCAAAAAUUAGCACGUAUCGCUAACGUAUUCAUUGGGAAUUUGAAUCGAUCAAAAGAGACCAGUCCUAUUAUUGAAGAUCGUGUUAAAUUACCGACAGAAAGAAAAGAUUUAGGAAAAUCGACAAGUACAUCAUUGAAAGAUCCGAAACAACGUUCUCUUAUUCAAUUAAAUCAAAUUCCUGAAUUACCACAACAUGAACAAGAUAAAAAAGCAAGUUUAUAUUUGAAAGAGAAAUUAUUUGACGAUUUGGGUGAAGCAGCUAAAAGAGAACAAGAAAUGCUUCUGGAGAAAAUGAAAUUACAAGCAUUGAGAUUCACAUCGGAAUCAGCUAGGCAGCAAGAUAAAAUUGAUGAGAUGAUAACUGAAGCCAAAGGUCGUAAGAAGACAAGAAAAGAAGAAGCUACAGAUAUGGCAGUUAGUCAACUUUUAGAUAGAAGUCAUCAGUUAAAUGAAAUGUAUGAAAAAGAUCGGGAAGAACAUGAAACAGCCUUAGCUGAACGUUUACAACAACAACAAUUAAAUUCGGAUGAUAAACAAUCAAAUGAUCAAAUGGAAGAAAAUACAUCAAAACUAUCAGAUGAUAAACGUUCCAAAAAGAAACAGCGUCCUUUACCACGUCUUUAG